GGUGUGGACCAUGAGUCGGUAAUGCCCACUGAGGACCUCUGGGAGCCAUGUCAGACGAAUCCGCCUCGGGGAGCGACCCGGACCUGGACCCGGACGUGGAGCUGGAGGAUGCGGAAGAGGAGGAGGAGGAGGAGGAGGAGGAGCGUGACAGGGAUGACGAGGAGGACCUGCUGGAUGAGCCAUCCCUGGAUGGCGUAUGUGACACGGAGUGUGCCCAGCCGGGGGAAGAUGGGCAGCAGCCACCACGGUGCACUUCAACUACCUCAUCUCAGUCUGAGCCUUCUGAGCCGCUCAGGCCCCACCAAGACAAGAGCCUGGCCUCCGAGGACCCCAAGAAGAAGAGAGCCCAGAAACCCUCGCACAUGAGGAGAAACAUCCGAAAGCUGCUCCGGGAGGAUCAGUUGGAGCCGGUCACCAAAGCGGCCCAGCAGGAAGAGUUGGAGAGAAGGAAGCGCCUGGAGCAGCAGAGGAAAGAUUAUGCCGCCCCCGUGCCCCCUGUGCUCCCCGUCCCCCUGGGACUGCUCCCCGAGGAGAUUGCCCUGAGAGCAGGAGAUGGCCCCCAGCUGCCGCCUCGGGUCCUGGCCCAGGAGGUCAUCUGUCUGGACAGCAGCAGUGGCAGCGAGGACGAGAAAAGUAGUCGAGACGAGGUGAUCGAGCUGAGCUCCGGCGAAGAGGACACACUGCACAUUGUGGACAGCAGCGAGUCUGUCAGUGAGGAGGAGGAGGAGGAGGAGGAGAAGGGUGGCACCCACGUCAAUGAUGUCUUAAAUCAGCGUGACGCUCUGGGCAGGGUGCUCGUCAACUUGAACCACCCUCCGGAGGAGGAGAACGUCUUCCUGGCUCCACAGUUGGCGCGAGCAGUGAAGCCUCACCAGAUCGGGGGGAUCCGGUUCCUGUAUGACAACCUGGUGGAGUCCCUGGGGCGGUUCAAGACCAGCAGUGGGUUUGGCUGCAUCCUGGCCCACAGCAUGGGCCUGGGGAAGACGCUGCAGGUGGUCUCCUUCGUGGACGUCCUCCUCCACCACACGCCCGCCAGGACCGUCCUCGCCAUCGUGCCGGUCAAUACUCUGCAGAAUUGGCUGGCAGAGUUCAACAUGUGGCUUCCAGCUCCCGAAGCCCUUCCCCCUGACAACAAGCCCGAAGAGGUCCAGCCCCGGUUCUUCAAAGUUCACAUCUUGAAUGAUGAGCACAAGACGAUGGCAGCUCGCGCUAAAGUGAUGGCCGACUGGGUGUCAGAGGGUGGGGUGCUGCUGAUGGGAUAUGAAAUGUACCGACUGCUCACCCUGAAGAAGUCCUUUGCCACAGGUAGACCGAAGAAAACCAAGAAACGGUCUCUCCCAGUCAUCAUUGAUCUGGAUGAGGAAGACCGGCAGCAGGAGUUUCGCAGAGAGUUUGAAAAGGCCUUAUGUCGUCCUGGCCCCGAUGUGGUCAUCUGUGACGAGGGGCACCGCAUCAAAAACUGCCAGGCCAGCACCUCGCAGGCCCUGAAGAACAUCCGGUCCCGCCGCCGCGUGGUGCUGACCGGCUACCCCCUGCAGAACAACCUCAUCGAGUACUGGUGCAUGGUGGACUUUGUGCGCCCCGAUUUCCUCGGAACCAGGCAGGAGUUCAGCAACAUGUUUGAGCGCCCCAUCCUGAACGGGCAAUGCGUGGACAGCACACCACAGGACGUCCGCCUCAUGCGAUACCGGAGCCACGUCCUGCACAGCCUUCUGGAGGGCUUUGUGCAGCGGAGAGGCCACACUGUGCUGAAGAUCCAUCUCCCAGCCAAGGAAGAGAAUGUGAUCUUGGUGCGGCUCUCCAAGAUCCAGCGGGAUCUGUACACACAGUUCAUGGACCGCUUCCGGGACUGUGGCAGCAGCGGCUGGUUGGGGUUGAACCCCCUGAAGGCUUUCUGCGUGUGUUGCAAGAUCUGGAAUCACCCCGAUGUGCUGUACGAAGCCCUUCAGAAGGAGAGCCUGGCCAACGAGCAGGACCUGGACGUGGAAGAACUCGGCUCGGCGGGGACAAGCACGCGCUGCCCCUCGCAGGGCACAAAAAGCAAGGGGGAGGACAGUGCCUUGGCCUCGCUGGGAGAGGCCACCAACAGCAAAUUCCUGCAGGGGGUCGGCUUCAGUCCUUUCCAGGAGCGCGGCAGCAGCAUUGUCACUUACGAGUGGGCCAAAGACCUUCUGACCAAUUACCAGACUGGCGUCUUAGAGAAUUCCCCCAAGAUGGUCCUGCUCUUCCACCUGAUUGAGGAGAGUGUGAAGCUAGGGGACAAGAUCCUUGUGUUCAGCCAGAGCCUGUCCACCUUGGCGCUCAUCGAGGAGUUCCUCGGGAAACGUGACGUGCCCAGCCUGCCUGGUGCCGAGGGGCAGGGGGCGCAGAAGUGGGUCCGAAACGUCAGCUACUUCCGGUUGGACGGCAGCACGCCUGCCUUCGAGCGGGAGCGGCUCAUCAAUCAGUUCAACGACCCCAGCAACCUCGCCACGUGGUUGUUCCUCCUGUCCACGCGGGCUGGAUGCCUGGGUGUGAAUCUGAUUGGUGCCAAUCGAGUAGUGGUGUUUGAUGCUUCCUGGAAUCCUUGCCACGAUGCCCAGGCAGUGUGCCGGGUGUACCGCUAUGGCCAGAAGAAACCCUGCCACAUCUACCGCCUGGUGGCUGACUUCACCCUGGAGAAGAAGAUCUACGACCGGCAGAUUUCCAAGCAGGGCAUGUCAGACCGGGUGGUGGAUGAUCUGAAUCCAAUGCUCAACUUCACCCGGAAGGAGGUGGAGAACCUGCUGCACUUUGUGGAGAAGGAGCCCGCACCCCAAUCGUCCUUGAACAUCAAGGGGAUCAAAGAGUCCGUCCUGCAACUUGCCUGUCUCAAAUACCCUCACCUCAUCACCAAGGAGCCUUUCGAACAUGAGUCAUUGCUGCUGAACCGAAAGGAUCACAAGCUGACCAAGGCCGAGAAGAAAGCAGCCAAGAAAAGCUACGAGGAAGACAAGCGCACGUCCGUCCCCUACACCCGCCCAUCGUACGCGCAGUACUACCCCGCCAGUGACCAGAGCCUGGCCAGCAUGCCUGCCUUCAGCCAGAGGAAUUGGCAGCCAGCCCUGAAGAGUGACGAAAAGCCCGUGGCCAGCGUGCGACCCGUGCAGUCCACCCCCAUCCCCAUGAUGCCUCGGCACGUUCCCCUGGGAGGCAGCGUGAGCGCCGCCUCGGCCACAGGCCCAUCGGUGAACUUCCCGAUCAACUACCUGCAGCGGGCAGGGGUCCUCGUGCAGAAGGUGGUCACCACCACAGACAUUGUCAUCCCUGGACUAAACAGCGCCACGGAUGUGCAAGCCAGAAUUUCUGCUGGUGAGAGUGUCCACAUCAUCCGUGGGACGAAAGGGACGUACAUCCGCACCAGCGACGGGCGGAUCUUUGCUGUCCGGGCCACUGGCCGACCCAAGGCCCCCGAAGACGGCCGGGCUGCCGCCUCAGGUUCUCAGGGGCCUUCCCACGAGUCCACAAGCAACGGCAGACACAGUGCCUCAUCUCCCAAAGCCCCGGAGCCUGAGGGGCUGGCCAGGCCCGUCUCCCCCGACAGCCCAGAGAUUCUCAGUGAGCUCCAGCAGUACGCAGAAGCGGCCGCCGCCCGGGGACCCCGCCAGAGCUCCCCCUGCACCCACACCGCCCAGCUCGUGGACAGCAGCGCUGUUCCUGGGACGGCUCUUGGGACUGAGCCUCGCCUUGGUGGUCACUGCCUCAACAGUUCACUCCUGGUGACCGGCCAGCCCUGUGGGGACAGGCACUCCGUCCUGGACUUGAGGGGCCACAAGCGAAAGCUGGCCACCCCGCCUGCUGCCCAGGAGUCAGUCCGCCGGCGGUCCAGGAAGGGCCACUUGCCAGCCCCCCUGCAGCCCUAUGAACACGGGUACCCAGUUUCUGGCGGGCUUGCCAUUCCACCCGUCUCCUUAAACCAUAACCUCACCCCACCCUUCACCUCCCAGGCUGGGGAGAACUCCCUGUUCAUGGGCAGCCCUCCCUCCUACUACCAGCUGUCCAACCUACUGGCAGAUGCCCGCCUGGUGUUCCCAGUGACCACUGACCCUCUGGUGCCAACAGGCCCCGUCAGCUCCUCUUCCACGGCUACCUCAGUCACUGCCAGCACCCCGUCCUUCAUGCUCAACCCCCCUGUGCCAGGGAUGCUGCCCAACUACCCGCUCCCCUUCUCUCAGCCACUCCUGCCGGAGCCCAGGAUGUUCGCGCCAUUCCCGUCCCCGGUUUUGCCCAGCACCCUCUCCCGGGGCAUGCCUGUCUACCCGGGCUACAUGUCCCCUCACGCAGGCUAUCCAGCUGGUGGUCUCCUCCGGGCCCAGGUGCCUCCGUUUGACCCGCACGAGGUCGCCGAGGUCGGGUUCAGCUCCAAUGAGGACGAGGACAAGGAUGACGACGACGUGAUCGAGGUCACUGGGAAGUAGCGAGCGGGAGCCCGCCCCGCUGAGAGCAGUGGUGGGGCUCUCCGAGAACAGGGCAGUUGGCAAAAGGACGGGGAAGCGGCGACCGUGGUGGCAGGACUCUUGCUGUUGUAGCCAUAGCAGGGGAGCCGGGACCCAGGUGGUGACGGGGCGGGCAGCCUGCCCCCCGCCCUUGCCUUGCUCACACCAUCUGCUCGCUCGCCCGCCCG